AUAAAGACUGAAGUAAACAAACUGUACAAGUUAUUAGAGAUCGACAUUGAUGGUAUAUACAAGAGCAUGUUACUGUUGAAGAAGAAGAAGUACGCAGCACUGAGUGUACACAAGACGUCAGAUGGGAAAUAUGUGACACAGGAAGAGAAAAAAGGGUUGGAUAUUGUUCGUAGAGAUUGGUCUGGACUGUCUAAAAAUGUUGGAGAUUUUGUUGUAUCAACAAUUUUGUCUGGUGAAUCUAGAGAGACUGUUGUGGAGACGAUACAUGCUAAACUUAAUGAGGUCGGUGACCAGGUCAGAGACUGCAAAAUACCUCAAGAGCAAUACCUCAUUACUAAGCAAUUGACAAAGAAUCCGGAGGACUAUCCGGACAAGAAGAGUUUACCACAUGUACAGGUGGCUUUACGACUGAAUAGUAAAGGUGGCAAGAGGUUAAAAGGUGGAGAUACAGUCUCUUAUAUUGUCUGUGAGGAUGGAUCUAAUCUACCAGCAUCACAGCGAGCCUAUCAUCCAGACGAACUGGCUAAAUCAGAGUCACUUGUUAUAGAUGUGAAGUACUACCUGGCACAUCAGAUACAUCCGGUAGUGUCAAGGUUGUGUGAUCCCAUAGAGGGAACAGAUGCUGCCCAUAUUGCUGAAUGUCUAGGAUUAGAUGCAUCCGGGUAUCGUCAUGCCGCACAACAACGAGACGAGAAUGAUGACGACGCCCUGUUGGGGGGAGUUAGCAUCACAGAUGAGGAGAAAUACAAAGAUUGUGAAAGACUGAAGAUUAUCUGCCCGUCAGAAACAUGUGGAAGGGAAGUUGUCCUCGAUGCUCCAUUGACUGGUGCUGACAUAUAUAUGGAGGCUGCUCUUGGAAAAUGCCCCAACAACCAGUGUAAUUACAAAUUGUAUGAGAACAGUGCUGCUAUAGCCAAUAAAGUCACGUCAGAAAUUCGACAGAAAAUUAAAACAUACUAUCAGGGUUGGUUAAAAUGUGAAGACUCAGCUUGCCAUGCACGAUUACAGAAGCUUCCAUUGAUGUUUCAGAGAGGGCGACCCAUGUGUCCUAUAUGUAAUAGAGGGUUUAUGCAACUAGAGUAUACAGACAAUAUGUUGUACACACAGAUGUGUUUCUACCAGUAUCUCUUUGAUCUUGAUAGAGCUACCCAACAACUCACUGGAAAGGAAAAAGAGAAAAUGUUUGAAGUGAGGAGAGAUACAGAACUAUGCAAUGCUUACUCUAAUCUGAAAAAAGUAGUCGACAGAUGGGUGAAGAAAAAUGCCUACUCUGAGGUCAACUUGGACAAACUGUUUGAGGGACUUUUUACACUCAAGUAACCCAGAGUUUGGAGGGAAAAUAUUGUGUCUAAAUGGAUUUAUAGGACUUCAAAUUUAAGCUGCUAUUUUUCCUUGUGACUUAAAAAUGAUGCUCACGGAGAUGACCGGAGAGUGUUUGAAUUAAUACUUUUCUGAUCAAUACUUAUUUAUUAGUGCUAAAUUUAUAUGGGAUUAUAUUCUGGUACUGAAGUUAACUUGUACAUAUAUUGUAUAGAAAAUGUAAUCCCUGUCUUAUUCUUAUGUAUACUGUAUAUCAGUAUGGUCUUCUCUAGAGAAUAUAUAAGAGCCGCGUCAUGACAAAACAUAAUGGGUUUGCGACCAGCAUGGAUCCAGACCAGCCUGCGCAUC